AGAGAGAGAGAGAGAGAGAGAGAGAGAGGCAGUUAGCUUUUCCUUGGUUGCUCAAACAGCCAAGCACAGCGCUCCAAUCAGAGAGCCUUUCCACAAUCACACACAUACACACACUCCUACACACUGAGAGGGAAGGAGCACAUUGCAAAAUACACCCCAGGACUGCCGGUGUGGCAGCGUGUUAUAGCAGAGAUGGGCUUUCCUGAGAGGGACGGAGUCAGCAGCAGCGGAGCAGGAUCGGCAGAGCUCAGCAGGGGGAUCGUGUGGCUGGCAGCGCAGAGGGAGCAGCGGGAGAGGCUGUGAGAGGCUGUGAGAGGCUCGUCAGAUGGGAGAGGACAAAGAGUGAGAGUCAGCUUCGAGUAGCCUGGGAACUAAUAACACUGAAACCUGUUUUACAAUUUAAUCACAACAGCUCCCCCCCUCGCGAAUUGUUCGAAAAGAAGACCAAAAAAAAGUGUGGUAACAGGGCGCGAGCUGCGGAGGCGCUGGCUGCCCGUCCCGCGGGCUAGGGAGUGGAGCGAUGGCCGGAACAGGAGUGCGGAUGCAGACGGGGAGACUGCCGAGCUGUGCCCGCCCUGGCUGGUCUGUAAAAUGAACCUUCAUCACUGGGCACUCGGCCCAGCAUGCACUGCACCGUGGACAGCUAGCAGCACCUCGCCAUGCACACAACCAUGGGACACAGAGGCACAGCCUUAACCUCUCAACUUGUCACCUCCUCGCCCUGGAACUCAACGCAGCUUAUUCCCCCUUUAUAACUUCACUGUAUCCACCAGGACACGCUAGAAACUCAUGGAGCAGUAUCCCAUGGACAAUAACUCCGAGCCAUGCCAGCCAGCCCAACUUGGCUGCUAGCUCAGAAUUCUCUGACUCAUUACAAAAACAAAAGCUGUUAUUAAAUCAAUAUAUCUGGAGUGCUGUCUUUAGCCAUGAGUGAAAACAAAAUUAAACUUCAGCCAUGUGAUCCCAAUGGUUCAACUGAACUAACUGAACUCUAAUAACAGUAAAAAGACAAUACACUCUACUUUUAUUCGAUCCAUGCACAACAGUAUUCACUGGCAUUUUCUUCACCGUUCUGGGCUUAAUAAGGACAAUGUUUUAUAUUUGUAAUAACAAGAACAAAAACAAUAAUUAUAACAACAAUGCCAAAUUCCAUCAACUGCAAUCAUAACAGAUUAUUAAUCAUAACGGCAGCCCAAAAAAGUUUAUGUUCUGUAAUUACUAAGCCCCCUCUCCCUUUUUAAUAGAACAGCAGCUGCACAAAUUGAAUAAUAAUAAUAAUAAUAAUAAUAAUAAUAAUAAUAAUAAUAAUAAUAAUAAUAAUAAUAAUAAUAAUAAUAACACAAAACAGCUAAGUUUGUUUCUGUGUGGAGGACAUUGUGUUACAAACAGAGUGUUACCAAGAAGAUAUGGUCAGCAAAGAACCUAACCAUAUACUGGCUCCAAGUAUCAGCUUAAACCAGGAAAAAAACAUGACAGUGAGAUCAGUGCUGCUCAACAGGGACUCCCCGGACAUCGAGACGCGGCUCAAGCGCAGGCGCAACCGCACACAGCAGGUGCGCUUCAAGGACCUGGAGGACGGGGCCGAGGAAAGCCCCAGGCCUGGGCCGACAACCGAUCCCAGCAAGAACAUUGGCAUCAACAACACCGGGCCGGCUGUCAUUGUGGUACCCGAUCAGGGCCCUAGCAGCAAGCCUGAGCCGGGCCCUAAGAGUCUUGCAGAGAGCAGCAGGAAGCAGCAGGUUGUGUCUGCCAAUGGGGGUGCAGUGGGAGCAGUGGGAGAUGUGGGAGCAGUGGGAGCUGUGGGAGCAGUGGGUACAGUGGGAGCAGUGGGAGCAGUGGCGUCGGUGCUGGCCAAAGGGGGCCCCAGGAAGCCCUGGAGCCAACCCAGGCCAUCCUCGCUGACCCUGCCCAACCCCAGGAAGUGCUGCAUGAGCACUGCCAUCCAGACGUCCCCCAGCCUGCAGAAACAGUUCCCCACAUUCAGGUUUCGCAGCAAGAGCGUGGGAGACUUUGGGGAAACAGAAGACCCCAAAGCGGAGCCGGAGGAAGGGACCCUGUUUGCCAACAAUGAGGUACAGCACAUGCUGGGUGAACAAUGCUGUCAGGGGGUGGGAGCUGUGAGGUACUGGGAGACAGCAGUGGAGGAGCCUCUGAAAGCUGCCCAAGUCAAUUGCACUGGAUCCUGCAACUGCCUACCCAGGAACCAGGACGUUCCGCCCCAAAUAUGGAACCCUGGAAGCCUGGGAAACACAACCCUACAGGGCCUGGAAGGGCUCGGGUGUUCAGUAUCAUGGGGCAGGCCUGCUCCCGCCCCCCAGGCCUGUGACGUUUCUGCCUCCUCUCAGUGUGUCAAUGUUGCCCAGAAUGUGCUGUGGAGAGAGCAGUGCCUUUGUGACGGGAAGCAGACUCCACUGAGUCCCAACUCAGCCAUGUUUUGUCACAGUAGAACCUCUUCAAAGGAAAGGAACUGCUGCACAGGCUCCUGUUCUGCACCACAAAAGGUGAUUGUGCCAAAAUCAGGGCACCAUUAUGAAGCCAUUGCUGCAGUGAGUAAGAGACAGACCCCAACCCGACACUACCAAAGAUAUCUGGUGGACAAAGGAGGACAGAGAGACCUUGGACAAUCUCUUCCUUGCAAUUCAGCACCGUCUCCCAAAACAUCUCAGGGUCAAAGGUGCAAGGAAUGGAGUAAUACCUGCACUCCAGUUCCUACCCUGCCAGUUUCCAAACCAUCCAUGCAAACCUGGGGCUGCUCUGGGGGGCUGAGUAAAGGGUCUAAAUGUGAUCUGAACUGCAGUAAUUGUCAUCUCACUAACAAGGUCCUAAUCCACCACACGUUGCCCCGAAGUCAAGUUUCUGAACCCCAGAAUGUAGUUCGACACAAUGGAGAAGGCUUAGUGGACUUGCCUAAGGUGGUCGAACACAGAUCAGUAAAAGCAGAGCAGUCGAAUCCAACGUCUGAGUCAAAGAAGGCUCCGGACACCAACAGAUCUGAAUCAGGGCAGUGCAGAGAGAGCGUGUCCAAGACAGCUCUGUUGAACUCCGACGAGACCCCCAGUCCUGGCCAGAACCAAUGUUCGGAAGCCACGGCCAGGACCGUUUUUUACACCGAGCCCCCUGCUAAUUCUCAUGGAAAACCCAAGACACCAGAACCAGCCAGCCGAGAAAGCCAGCCGCAAACCCUUCAGGGCAAAGCAGAGCUUUCAGACAGAACUAUACGGACUGCGGAGCAGCCAGGGGGGGUUCCCCUGACGGCCAGCCAGUCAGAAACCCUCAAGCAGGUCCAUGAGCUGCUGGAGCUGGUGGCCGAGGCCAAGGGGCAAAUUGAUUUGGCCAAGGUGAGGGGGGGCCUGCUGUCACAGGGAAGUCAGAAAGAGGGCAGGCCUUCCACAGGCAACCCAGAGCCAACACAGUACGAAAUCAGCAACCUGCAGUCCCGGCUGGAAAGCAUGGAGGACGUUCUGGAGACCAGCCAGCACACCAUCAAGGUCCUCUUGGAUGUAAUUCAGGACAUGGAGAAGAAAGAAGCAAUAAGGGAUGGGAGGCACUCGUACAGGACGGGUCAGGACAUUGAAAACUGUGGCACCUGCAGGGACUGUGCCUGCAUCAUAUAUAGUGUGGAGCACGACUUCAGGCUGCAGGAGGGUCAGUUCCAGAGGACAUGGAGGGUCGUUGAUCUGGAGUCCAGCCAGAGCUCUCCUCUGACGAGCUCGACUGCCAGUCGGCAAGAAGACUCCCCAGUGCCCAAACCCACGCCUGCCACCAAGAUGGAGUCCAAAAAGUCCAAACGCAAAUGUUUCUGGUUUUUGUGAACCAAGACAAUGAACAAUGGGAUUGAAAAAUAAAUAAAUAAAGACCCCCUUCUGAGGGUACAGGGUGAAAUAAAGACAAAAGCAAACUUAACAAAAGCUCCUGCUGGAAUGGGGUGGGAUCGCUAUCCGGGACUUUUCAUCAGCACAGGGAAGCGAGGGUUUGGUGAACACCAGCUUUUCUAUUUUUAAAAUGAAUUAUUAUUACAGCUGUGAAAAUCAAUUACUAACAACUAUUGUAAAUAACAGAGAAUUCUAGCAGUUUGUGAAUGCUCUAUUUCAAACCAUGGAAUAAACGGAUCUAUAAAGUAUUUUAUUACA